GUAGGGGGCUGCGUUAUUAAUGCCGCUUUCCCAUUAGCCAAUUAGCGAGUCCCGCUGCUCAUAUGGCUGAGUUAGGUUCCUGUUUCAUUGGCUAAGGGGAACGUCCAUCACUAGUGAAGCUGAAGUUAGGUUGAGGCGCAGGUGAAGCCUUGACUAUGCUGCUCCACUCCCGAGCCAUAGUAGCUGCAGCAGCGGAGGCAAGAUAAAUGGUGGAGGAGCGCGUCAUUUCAGGGAGAAAAGGUCUGAGAAAGACCGUUAACGCGGCUUACAUGGAGAGCCGAGAGCCGCUAUGAGCUCCAUGUCCUCAAUGAUGUACAUAUCGCCGCUGCUGACUUUUAUUUUAUAUGUAUAUAUUGGAUUUUGUAACGCUGCACCUCGCAUCAGCCUUUACGAUGCGCCGCCACUGUCCAACCGGAGACCAGAUCCAGCCUCCGGCACCAGAGACACCUUCCACACCGACAUGCCUUCUCAUCUUUACGGGAGAAGGCCGCCAGCUGUCGGGCCUGUAGCAGCCGCUUUCCCACCGACUGAGGCUGAAACCUCCCUUCUGCUUCUCACCCCAGCCACUAGUGAAAGUGGAAAGCGCUCAGCCGCUGAUGAACAAAUAGCUGCGGCCAUUUUUAAAUUGUCCAGCGCACGGAAAAGAUCCACGGAUGGUCUACCGUACGUGGAGAAAACGCUGCAGACCAUUGGGUCCAUUCUUACUCAUCGGUCAGACAAUAAUGCCUGGGCUGCCAUUGCUACUCCGCUCUCUGGACCAUAUGUUUCACCAGCAGAGAAUAGUCAAGAGCUCAUGUGUAACUGCAGCAGUGGGAACGAGGGGAUUUUAGAUCCCAACGAGUGUGACCAGACCACCGGUCAGUGUGAGUGUCUGAUGGGAUACGCCGGCCUGCAGUGUGAGGACUGUAUUGAGGGCUUCUUCACCAAUGGCACCAGCAGCUGUCUGCCCUGUUCAUGUGACUCCUUCGGAGCCGUUAACCACCUCUGUGACAGCUCCGGAAUAUGUGUGUGCAAGACGGGUGUGUAUGGCCCUAAGUGUGACGAGUGCCACCCAGGAUUCUUCCACUUCAGCACCACUGGCUGUCGACCCUGCCAGUGUAACAACCACACCAGCUACUGCCACCCACAGUCCGGAGUGUGUUUGAACUGUGAGGGAAACACACAGGGAUCUAACUGUGAGGAGUGUAAGCCUGCCUUCUACCGCCGCCCUGGAGCCGCACCAACGGAUGCCUGUUUACCUUGUCCCUGCUCCAACAGCACAUCCAGCGGCACCUGUCACAUAGGUUCCAGUGGUUCCCCAGUAUGUGGCCAGUGCCUUCCUCAGUACCGCGGCUCACAGUGUGACAAGUGCAUCGCUGGCUUCCACAAAGUGUCUGGUGCCUGCGUUCCCUGCGACUGCAGUGGCAAUGCAAACCCUCGUGGCCCCGCCCAGAUCUGUCACCCCGACACGGGCCACUGCCUCCAGUGCAUCAACAACACCAGUGGGCACCAGUGUCAGCUCUGUGCUCCUGGGUUCACUGGAGAUGCCAAAGCUCACAACUGCAUGUGGAUGGACCCACUGAUCCUCCCCACAUCAGCAGCCAGAACCACAACACAAAGCAAAACUUUAAGUGCAUCCUCCAGGACCAGCACCACUUUGGCUCCCUCAGCUUCAACAGCUUCAACACUGAGCCAAAACACAAGUGUGAUGGCGAGCACCACAACCACCACCCCCACCACUGCGACCACCACCCAGGCCCUGCCGACCAGCCUGAGCAGCCCCACGGACAACACCACUGCGGCACUGACGGAAGUCUCCUGGACCCAGUUCCACAUCAUUAUCCUGGCAGUCAUCAUCCUGGUGGUGGUGGUGCUGCUCGGCUUUGUUGGAGGUGUGUACACGUACAGAGAGUACCACAACCGCAAACUCAACGCCCCCUUCUGGACCAUAGAGCUGAAAGAAGACAACAUCAGCUUCAGCAGCUACCACGACAGCAUCCCUAAUGCUGACGUGUCGGGCCUGCUGGAGGAUGAGGCAACAGAGGUGGCGCCCAACGGCCAGCUGGCGCUUACCACACAGGGAAACUGCUACAAGGCCUAGCACACCCUGUCCACCCUAUAGCUACAUUUAGAGAUAACAAAAGCUGCUGGCUCUUCACAUGAAUGACUUUCUUCCUAAGCUGCUUGGCUCCAACAUUUCAUAACAGAAACCUCUGCAAUGAAGCAGAUGUGAUCCAAGAGAUGAGACGUUUUACAUUUUUAAUAUGGUUUUUUCUUCAGGAGUGAAGCAAUUAGAAAGCAGGAGCCAAAAUAAAAAAAAAGGCUACGUCAUAAGUGGUACCUGCAGGUGGCACUGUUCUGAAAAUUGGUAUCAUGUGAGACCAAGUUGUCAAAUAGAUGACAUAAAGCAGCUUGAGGACUGGAGACAGGAGUCUUGCAUUUCACCUCUUUUGAAAAACAGCUGGACCACAUAAGUUGCUAAAACAUUCACAACAGAAAAACCAAUAAACAACUGAACCGUGUAAGUAGGGAGUGGAUUAUUCGGAGCAGUGGUCCAAAAAACUAAGACAAUAAUUAUUUAAUGAAUUUUUAAUUCUGUUCUUAUUUAUUGAUCGAUGUUUUGUUCCUGGGAGAAAUGCUGCACAUGUUGUAUGACGUGUUUAUUCAUGGUGUUUUAUCUUUCGUGCUGUUGAAUGGUAAAUUCUGAACAGGCCAGUAUGUUCACAUGUGUAGUUUGUUUUUUGGAGAAAAUACAAAGGCUGCUGGUACAAGCUUUUCUUACAACCUCAUGUUUUAUUUCAUGGCUUCUCAUAUGUCAAAGGAAUACUGGAGGUUAUUUUAUUUGAGUAUGGAAAGUCAAAGCUAAAUGUUCUGGAGAGACUUGACAAAAAAUUCUCUACCUGCUUAUGUCUAUGAUAUCUCAGAAUUACAUUCCCUGAUUUUAAAUUUUGUUGUUUGUGACAUCGUCAUUCUCCUGAACCAUAGUCUAAACUCAAAACAUCAACUUUUUUAUUCAUAUUUGGGACAAAAUAUGAAUAAUAUUUUAAUAUAAUAAUAUUUUAAAAUAAGAAGCCCUUCACUCAUCACUUGGAAAUUUUGUCUUCUGUACAUUCAAUUUAAUUUAAAGGAUAAUUCUGAAUGUAUUAAAUAUUAAAUAAUUAGUUAAGAAAUUAGAAAAAUUAGGGCGGUAAUCUCAAUGUUUCAAAUUACAUGAACACAAUUUAGCAGUUUAUUUUUUUUCAACUUUUUUUUUUUCCCCCAUAAGCAAAAGUUGAACUCUGGCAGAUUAAAAUUCUAGUCUUUCUUUGGUGUUUUGCUUAACAUUACAGGUAAAUGAUUACUCAUUGAGAAACCAGGAUUAGUUGGUGACAAAAACACUUUAUCAGUGCUAAAAUAAGGUAUUGGUAUCAAAUACAAUUAGUCCCUGAGCAGAAAUGCUGAGAAUAAAAAGUUAUUUAAAGCCUAAGCAUUUGUGUAUUUUUACUGGACAAGUCUUGAGUUAGACGUCCAACAUUGGCUAGUUGGCUAGGUCGGAUGGCUUCACUUCAGAGCCAGUGCUGUCUGUGUCAUAUUACAGUGCUUCAUUUAGUU